GGGAGGAGGGACGCGCGAGUCAUCAGAAAGCGCCCCGACCUGAGCGGAAGCGAUGGAGAUUUUAACAGGGGAUUCCAUUACCACAUGCCUUUCUCCUUUAGUGCAUGACUUGAUUUGUAACCUUGGGUUUGAACUCACUGAAAUUUGUGAUAUCGAUAGCAUUGUAACCCAAAAUGGCGAAGUACGCUGGAAAGCAAUUACAGACCGUGUGAGCUAUGCAGAAUUAGGGCACAGUCUGGACUACAGGCAAAGUGUGCAGCGCCUGGGUCCUGUGUGUGAGGCCAUCCAUCUACACAUCUCAUCUCUGAGCAGAGCACAGUUUGAAACUCAGUAUUCACCAUGGUACCAGUGGACAACUUCUCCGGAGCUGUUUCUUGAAAUAUACGAUGCCUUGGAGAGCUCACAGUCUGCUGCCAUCUCCCUCAGCGUGAUGAAACUAGCUUCCUGUCUGGAACGAGCCUUAGGCGAUGUAUUUUUACUGAUUGGGAAUGAGUGUCCCUUUCUCCUAAGAGAUCUUCUUGCAUCUGCAGAGCUUGCACACAUCUUUGGACAUACUGUGAUGGACGUACUAAAAGUCUUCAUCGGGUCUCCCUGUGGACUCAACCUGAGAAACGUCUUGUGGCAUGGCUUUGCUUCCCCUCAAGAUAUUCCUCCAAAAUACUGUUCAGCCUUGUUGCUGUUGACAGCAGGACUGGGUCAGUUACUGAAGAGUUACCUUCACCACACAAAAGUCCAGUUGGCACAUCGACCUUUUGUAACACUCACGAACCUAGAGGAUGUGAUUGUUUUUCCUGGUGUGACUGACAAGGUACUCUCAGCGUUAGAGACAGUGAUGACGAAAUCCAGCUUUGUAUUAAAAAUCAUGUUGCCAUAUUGGGAGCUGGCAGUGAGCAAGUUUAAGUCGCACAGGUUUGCGGACUGCACCAUGCUGUUGCUGUCACAGCUAGAAGCUGGACUCAGGAGAGUUUUUGCUACAGUUAACAAAUGUGCUGAUAGACUGCUCACAGCUGAGUCAACAAUUCUAUAUACCACGUUCGAUGAAAUACUAGCAAAACACAUGAGUGAUGGUAGCAUCAACCAGCUUCCGUGUUUCUUGGGGGAGCCUGCCAUGGACUUCUUGUGGGAUCUCCUGAGCUAUCAGGAGGGUCCUCGUAUCCGGGAUCGUUUAAGCCACGGGGAGAUCAACAUACGUGAAUUUCCCAAAGCAGCAGCAGGCCAGCUGCUCACAUUCUGCCUGGUGCUCCUGCUCAGAUGCACUGAGGAGGACACACUGUCAGAAGUGAAGGAGGAAGCAGCAAUACAGUUGCUGGUCAGCCUUGCAGAAGGCUACAGGGCUCGCUGCCAUCCAGCUUGCCAGCUGCAAAAACAGGUGCUGAGCUGUGAGAAAAGCCUCAGGAUGUGGCCUGUGCUGCCUUUGCCAGAAGAGCGCUGUCAGGAAGCAGGCAGAUCGGAAGGUAAUUCGGAAGCAUGUGCCUGCAACUCUUUAAUUAGCAAGAUUCUGUGUGAGCUCUGCCACUACCUGCCUGCGAGUGCCUGCGCUAUAAAUGGCUUGGACGGUCUUCCCUCAGAGAAGUGGUCCCAGCUGCUCAAUGAACUCUGUAACACACGCAUUCCUACACUGUUCUGCCCCAAAAUUGUUCUAGAAGUUCUGGUUGUGCUCCGAGGCAUCAGCUCCCAAUGCCAGCGCGCAUCUGACCAGGUCAUCGCCUCUUUGCAGCUGAGACACAGGCAAUGGGUGGAGCACACGUUGCGCUCUAGGCAGCGUCAGAACUAUGUGCGCAUGCUCAGCAGCGUUGGACUUUUGUGUCCUGUGCUUUCCCUGAUUUUGUUGCUCCUUGCACUGGAAUUGGUCAGUGUUCAUGCUGUUCAUGGUAAAGGUGCUCAGGAACGACAGCAGUACCUGAGGUUCUUAAAAUUGAUCCUCCAAUACACUGAGAACCUAGUGGCCUAUACCAGCCGAGAGAAGAACAAAUGGAAUGAAACCAUCAGUCUUACACAUGCAGUUUUGUUGAGAAUUUGGACUUUCAGUGAGAAGAAACAAAUGUUAAUACAUUUAACCAAAAACACAAAUAAAGUUGACAUAGGCUGACACGCUUCCUGUCAGAAUUGUCAUCUACGUGUUUCCACACAGAAGAAAAGGCUUCACAUCCAGCACAAUUAAGAAACACAUACCAUGGUAGUGCAUGAGUGAGGCCAGGUGAUAGAAGUUUAGAGCCUUCCUUUCUCCUUACGUCAUUAGUAGAGGAAGCAGUUGCAUGAUACAUGUACAAAUUCAAGGUUCUGAACAAUCUUGAGUUGAUGAUUCUUGUUGAUUGAAGGUGCUACCUGUAUGGCCCCAGCCAAUUGCCAAGUGUACUUAAAAACAAGGCUCACCCUGCCCUGCAGUACCUGCAGGGCUGCUCAGGGCUGACCAGGUCUAUAAAGGAAAUAGAGAACAGAAGACACAGAAAGCACAUGUAGAGGUUCUGAAAGAUAAUGAAAUAAACGGAAUGACUUCUUCAGCA